GUGCAACAAGAACGCGACCACAAUACCCCCCCCGCUAGCAUCAUGAAGGCCUCCGGUCCAGCCCCCGGGGCUCUUCCCUCCUUGACCGUUGCGAACAGUUGCCUCCAGUAAGCGCUAGUACCAUGGUGACGUUCCGGACUCGCUAAUGUAUCUAGAGCCGGCCAGAAUCUCUGUGAACGAUACAGGAACAUCCGAGGCGUGCACAAGGAUAUAGAAGACCUAAAUAUUCGGGUGGAAAAUGUCUGGAUACACAUUGCAUACCAAUUAGCUAGGGUUCAGAGUUCUUCGGAGGCAGUUCAUGACGUUCUGAGAGACCACAUAACGGACCUUCUCAAUAACCUGCAGCUCCACUUGCAUUCCGCCUACAAAAACCUCGAAAAGCUAGCGGACCCAAAAGGGAGGAUGAAAGCAAUAAAGUUCAUUUUUUUCCUGAGGGGUUCCUUGGAGAAAGAUAUAUCGGCAUUGGAGAAGUGGAGGGAUAUGUUCUCCACAACCUUUUUCAUGCUAUCGUUACCGAAAAAUCCAACACUGGAUCGGGUCCUGUCGAUGGAAGUCAAAAAGGGCCAGCCCAGUGAUAAUGCUGUGAAUGCUGCUAAAGUUAUCCAUGACGUCCUAGCCGAGGAACCCAUGAAACGGGCCUCACCUGUCUGGCUGGACCCCGUGAUGAUGAACUUCCCGAACCCUAUUGGCUACUCUGGGGCUCAAGUUAUUUUCGACAAUGCUUCUAAUAGGAGAUACGUUAUAGAAACUAUCGCCGUUGAUUCGGGCUCUGGAAACUACAGCCAGGUUGAUAGGGAUGUGGAAAAGCUAGCAGGAGGUCUUAGGGAAUCCAGGGGUAUCCCAGGAGUCCUAGCUUGCAAGGGAGUUGUCAGGAGCCAGAGAAUGAACGGGGCCCCCGAAAAGUUUGAGGUCAUAUUGGAAAUGCCCCACGGACUCGGCGAUACCCCCGACUGCCUCAGAUCUGUUCUCCAUAGAUCGACCCACGAGCGGCAUCCUCUCGAGGAGCGCUUUCUUCUCGCCAGACAGAUUACGAAGGGUGUCGUGUUCGUACACAAUCUCAGCUUUGUCCACAAAAACAUCCGGCCCGAGACUAUCCUUGUCUUCCCCAAUCCCGGGAAAGUACUAGGCAUUCCGUUCCUCGUCGGUUUCCAGAUGUUCCGAGCCGCGGACGGUGUUACCUACAGGGCAGGCGAUGAGUCCUGGUCAAAGAACCUCUACCGUCAUCCCACCCGCCAGGGAAACUACCCGGAUAAUGUGUAUAGGAUGAAGCACGACAUCUAUAGCUUGGGCGUCAUUCUAUUGGAAAUUGGCAUGUGGACCCCGUUUGUGGGUGAGGCUGGAGAGCCCGGCGCAGCAUUGUCCCAAGUUGUGCCCAUCCUCCAGGACAGCAAUCAAAAGAAGAAGGCCACCCGGAUCAAGGAGUUAUUGGUAGACAUGGCGCACGAUCACUUGCCCCCGGAGGUGGGAACUAAGUAUACGGACGUCGUGGUCUCAUGCCUGUCGUGUUUGGAUAGAGACUCGGAAUUGGGUAGCGGAAGUGAGUUCCUGGAUGACGAUGGUAUCUUGGCUAGUCUGAGAUAUAUUCGGCGGGUAAGCCAACCCUAUUCAUCGAUUUUAACGCCCAUCCCGAAAGCUAACCUUGUUGGUAGAUUUUGAAAGUGCUGGAAGAAAUUGAAGUUUGAGGUGAGGAUUUAAUCAGAAGCGGAGCUGGAGCUUUGGCGGAAUGGAAGAGUAG